CUUUAAAACAUUUAGUAGUGUUUCGUUUAAGAGGUUAUAUUUUGAAAAUAUUAUAUUAAAGAAAUAUUAUCGUUAAAUGAGCAAAGAAUUUAUAAUUGGAAAAAUAAAUCUUUAAAAAUAUUUAAAUAAGAAUUACAGAUAAAUCAUUUGUCUUAAAUUAUAAUUUUAUCAACAUGGAGAAGAAAGAACAAUUUGAUGAAUUUUUGGGUGGAACAGAAUCAUUGCCCAUUGAUGUUUCUAUUAUGAAAUUAGCUAAGGCGAGGGCUGGUGAAAUUUUAUCAAUGACUCAUUCACUAGAAAAUCCUCGACAAACAAAAUUGAUUUUUCAAAAGCUUCCCAUACAUAUGCGUAGACGAGUUAUGUCACAUAAUGCGAAAAGAUUACCAAGAAAAUUACGGGAAGCGCAUAUAAGUCAAAUGGGUAAAUCUGGUUUUCCUCCGAAAAGCAAAAGGCCUUCACGUAAAUAUCGUAGACGUCCAUCUAAUUUACUUCUGGAAUACAAUAAAAGACAACGAAAUAAAAUUUGGCUAGAAACUCAUAUUUGGCACGCCAAACGAUUUCAUAUGAUUGAACAGUGGGGAUGUAAAAUCGCUAAUUUUGCAAAUGAUAAAUGCUUUAAAGCUAAUUUUCGGGCCAUUAUAAAACAUUGUUUGAUACAAGAUCUUUCUUAUUACUCUUGUAUAGAAAUCAUUGGACCGGAAGAUAUUUUAAAAGAAACUUUGAGAUCGCAUUGCAAUCCAACCACAUUAACGUUUGCUGCUAAAAUGUACAUUAAUGGUACAAGAGAAGGUACUGUAAUGUUUUUCAAAAAAAAUAGUUUUCCACUAUAUCCCAUAGGGAACGUACACUUUCUAUGGAGGCCCAAUUGCUACAAUCAUAGAACUAUCUGGAUUUGGGUUCACCCAUCUUUUUAUGAUGACAUUUUGACUAAUAUUAUAUCCAGUUUUAAUUUUAAUCCUUGUAUAACCAAAAAUGGAGAAUCAACAUCGUCGAAUCAGUUACAAAAUUCUUAUAUCAAUGAAAAUAAUUGUCAAAUGAAUUUAUUGAAAGGCACUUUAAAUAGAUUUAGACUGUGUGGUCCAUUGGCACUAAAUGUUUUAACAAAUUCGCUUAAAUUACUUGAUAUGAACAAAAAUUUAUUAACAACAGAAGAUAAAUCAAAAAAAGAUUAUGAAGAUGUUACAGAAAAUAAAAAGGAUAUCCAUAUCAUUACUGAUUCAUGGUAUAAAGAUUAUUAUGAUGAUCAAGAAAAUUGUAAAGCUUUCAAAAUCCAAAAGCAAUUAUGGCAAGCAUUGCAAUCAAUAGACACACCUAAUCAAUUACCACCAAAUAUGGUCUUUGGACUGACUGUUCUAGAUCCACGUUUUUAUUUACCUGGAAAAAGAACAAAACCAGAGAAACUGACGACACAUUUUGAAAAUAUAUAUUAUCCACCAGAUCAUGUUAAUAAUAGUCCAAUAUGGGAUAAAAAUUUGCGUGAGAGAAUUAGUAAAUCAUGCGUGUCUACUGGUUUAAUUAACAAAUUAAGAAGCAGCAAUCUGGUUCCUGGUGUAAGCAAUGAUAAUCUUUUUAAAGAAGAUAUAAUGGCCAAAAUUCCCAUACUCGUUAUUCAGAAUCCUGGAGGUUAUAUCAGAGCUUUAGGAUCAGGUUUUGACAUUAUCAUGCCAUCAAGAUGGGCAAUGCCAUUCUGGCUUGGUUUCAUUCUUCGUUGUGCAAGAGUCGGAGCAUUAAGAGAGUCGAAAUUAAUAGCAUUAGAAAGUCUAGAUACAAAUUCACCGGAUAUUAAUGAACCCGAUACACCUGCCUACAAAAAAGAAGCUCUUAUUACAAAAGAUGAAUUGGAAAAGAAAUAUUUUCAAUAUCCACCUAACAGACGAGUUAAUUUUAUAAAAUUUGCUAUUUCUAGUCCUUUCUAUUGUCAAUGGAAUAUAUUAAUGAAAGAAUGGUCAGGGAAAGAAGAUUUCUAUAUUUUAAGAAACCGAACCACGUUAACGCAAUUACAAAUGAAUUUUUCUUCCUUUAAAUCAAAAAAACGUAAGGUUCCUGCUUCUAAAAUUAAUUUAGAUAAUGGAUUAAAUAGCGAAAAUUGUUUAAUACGUGUCAGAAUAUCUACUGUAAAUAAGGGCUGUCUAAGAACGUUUGCGAUAAUAUGCGAACCAACUGAUUUAGAUUUAAAAGAAUUGAACAACAAUAAACGUUGGUCGGGACCGGUAGAAAAAUUAAAUAAAGAUCCAAAUGAAAGUAGACGAAAAAUUUUACGGAAGAAUCAUUUGUUAUUGUUAAAACGAUAUAGAAAACAAAGAAUACGUUAUAGAAAGAUGUUAGAGAACAAAAUAAGUAAUACGUUUGAAGAAAUUAUCAAAGGAACGAACUAUGUAGUUGAAAUAAAAAAUUUAAGACAGAAGUUAUUGAAUAGAAGUCGUAAAGCUGUAUUGGAACAUUCUCAAAUAAUGUCUAAACUUUAUUUACCGGAUUGUAAAGAAGUUAGAAAAUCAUGCGACAGAGAAGUAAUAGGAUAUAUAACGCAAGGACACUUUUCCCUUUCCAUAGGCCAAACAGUUGGGAUAGGAUAUGUUACAAUACAAUCUAUAAUAGCAAUGAUCAACAGAAAAAGUGAUAUUGUUCUUGUUAGAAAUAACCGUACAAGAAAAUACAGAUGUGCUCGUUUAGAAAUAUUAUUCGAUUAGUCUUUUAAUAAUAAAAUAAAAUGUGUAUUAAAUUUAUGUAAAUAUUAUAUGAAACUAGUAACAGUCAUUUUUCAUUUGUAUCUAUAAAAC